AUGGCUAACGCAUGGCGACUACUCUCGCGCUCGUUCCUCCCCGAAUCUCAGCAGAAAGACCUCCUAGCAUACACCCCAAUGUUCCACUCGAAGAUGUUCGGUGAAAAGAGCAACUACCGCGACGCGCACUUCCAGCCCCUCAAAUCGACCAUCCCCUCACCCAGCGACGAAUACCACCUCUCACAACUACCCGAAUCGGAAAGACAUCUCGACGGCAACCCUGCGUUCGACCGACCGCUUACCGUACAAUUCUGCUCCAACGACCCUGAGGACUUUCUGCGCGCGGCAAAACACGUUGCGCCCUUUUGCGAUGCGGUGGAUCUGAAUCUAGGAUGUCCACAAGGAAUCGCAAAGAGAGGGAAAUACGGCGCAUUCCUGCAGGAAGACUGGGAUCUGAUAUCAAGGAUGAUACGCAAGCUACACGAGGAGUUGGAUGUCCCAGUCACAGCAAAGAUGCGUGUCCUCGAAACACCAGAGAAAACUCUCGCAUACGCAAAGACACUACUAGACGCCGGCGCAAGCAUCAUCACAGUGCACGGCCGCCGUCGAGAACAAAAAGGCCACAACACCGGCCUCGCAGACUGGAAGAUGAUCCGCCACCUACGCGAGAACCUUCCUAAAGAAACCGUCAUAUUCGCCAACGGCAACAUCCUCCAACACGAAGACAUCGCCGCGUGUCUAGAAGCCACAGGCGCAGACGGCGUCAUGAGCGCAGAAGGAAACCUCUACGACCCCACCAUUUUCGCCGCUCCACCGCCGCCCGGCCAGGAAGGACGAGAGUACUGGCGCGGCCGCGACGGGAAAGGUGGAUACAGGAUGGACGCUGUGAUGAGACGGUACAUGGACAUCAUCCACAAAUACGCACUCGGUCAGGAACCACCGCAACGGAAACCGCUCUGGAUGCCUGGAGAACUUGAGAUCGAAGCCCCAUCAAAACAGUCAGAAGAAACAGCAACGUCCAACACGAACACGGAUGCAGCAGAAAAUGGCAAAAGAGCAGGUGAUCACGAGGAUAGUCCGCCAAAGAAGAAACAAAAACCCUUGUCUAAAGCUGCGAAGAAGAAGGAAGCAAGCAACCCCAAUCUCACAGCCAUGCAAGCCCAUCUCUUUCAUCUAUUGCGUCCGCUGGUUUCUCAACACCACAACGUACGAGAUGCGCUUGCGCGGUCACGGACGGGCGAUAUUGAGGCGUUUGAGAAUGUGUUGAGGCUUGUUGAAGAGGCGGUUAAGGGGGGGAUUAUGGGGUAUGAAGAAGAGCACGCCAACGACGCUGUCACGGGAGCCCAAGAUGUGAAGGAAGAUGGGAAGGCCGAUGCAAAGAACGCAAAAGAAGAGGUGGAGUUAGAUCCGUAUGAGAGUUCUCUGGCGACUGUUGCGAGGGUUAAGAGGCCGUACUGGGUGUGUCAGCCGUAUGUUAGACCACUGCCGAAAGAGGCGCUGGAGAAGGGGAGUAUGACUGUUAGUAAGAAGGAGAGGAAGAGGGCGGAGGAGGAGAUGGAGAGGAAGAAGAAAGAGGAGGAGGAGGUUGGAGAAGAGUGUGGGGUUAGAGAGGAGUGUGGGGUUGGUGCCGGGGGGACGGGUUGA